CGUAUAUGAUGCGAUCUUAAGUGGUAUUGUCUCAUACCACAGAGAAUUUGCACGAAUUAAGUCUUGCUGGGCUUGGUGGACGACCGCGUUGGAGAAGGGGGGGAUAGUCCGCACCUGUAUACGAGGAGGGUCCGUUAUGCGGUAACACCGAUGAGUCGCUUGCAGAUAUCCGCCACUCUCGGUUGAUGGAAUGUUUUGGGUCUAAGUUGCAAGGUGUCAGUUGUUGGCGUUUCUCUUAUUUGUUUUCCCGCUGUUUUGGCAUCAAGUAUGGAAAGCUUCUAUCACUCUAUUUCUUAGCGAUAUUGCGUAUCUCUCGGUAGACUGAGUUUGCGCUAUUCGCCGAGCUAUUGAGGCGAAAGAUCUCUUUUUUCCCCUCCGUAUAGUCCACUUGUUUCUGUGGGUUAUGCCUGGUAUUUCCUUCCUACUGUGCAACCACGAGGAUCAUUGGUUGGAAACAGAACAUAUGCAUAAGGAGAGCUGGGAUACGAGCCGAAUAGAGGGGAAGCUCUGCAAGUCCAAGGGUUUACGGCCUCGGUUCCUGGCUAUUGCUGGCUACCAUAUCUAAUGAAACGAUUACAGUCGACGGCGCUUUUUGUUUUGAAAACGGAGACUCUGGGGUGUCUUGGGAUAUUGAAUUUCCCACUCUUGCUCAGUCGUGAUCGGCGACACUAUUUCAUCAUCUCAGACAUAGACGCUGCGUUGUCGAGAGACUCGUCUUAUCAUAAGAAUCAAGUCCCUUCUUCCUAUUGAAAUCCAAGCAUCGCCAAAACCAGAAGUUCGGGCAAGAACAGCUUGCUUCAUCUGAUUGCCGAGAACAUGUCGAAACAAACGGCUGCUGGCGCUUCUGUGAAAAGCAACAGCUCUAGCCAAGAAUUUAGUGAUCCAGAUAGCAAGAACAAAAUCCAGUACGAUGAAAUAGCUACCUUUAGCGAUCCGGUACCAAAAGAUCGAGACAUUGCAGCUUCCAGCGAUCUUGCAUCCGACGAGAACGGCGAUGCCCUGAAGAACAAUCCUUUCUUGGAUCCCGAUGUCGCGGCCCAUUGGGCCAAUAUAUACGAAAAAUGUCAAUAUGAGUGCCGAGAUUCCUUCGAUCCUACUUUCACCUGGACACCCGGAGAAGAGAAGAAAUUGGUUAGGAGACUGGACUGGCGUGUUUGUAUGUGGGCUGUGAGUUAUGCACAUCAAUCAUUAAGUCUGUGUGUAAUGACUGAUAAUGCUUUCAACAGUGUGUCAUGUUUUUUGCGCUUCAGGUUGAUCGUGGGAAUUUGGUUCAAGCGAAUGCGGAUAAUUUACUGGAUGAUUUGAACUUGAAUACCAAUGGUAUGUUUCUGAGAUUGACAUCGUUCACGAUUCUGACUUGUCGCGAACAGAUUACAAUUUUGGAAAUGUCAUAUUUCUCUUCUCAUUUUUACUAGCCGAGCUUCCUUCGCAGCUUAUUGGGAAAUUGAUAGGACCCGAUAGAUGGAUUCCAAUUCAAAUCAGUCUCUGGUCGGCAGUAGCCAUGUCUCAAUGCGCUAUGCACAAUCGAACGGGAUUUUAUAUCACUCGCUGUCUUUUAGGGCUUCUCGAAGUAAGUCCCCCUCCACUACAAGUUCUCAAUUUCAAGCUAACGUGCAGCACUAGGGUGGAUUCAUUCCAGACAUUGUUCUCUGGCUGAGUUACUUCUACACCUCUCGCGAACUUCCAAUCCGUCUUUCCUACUUCUGGUCUGCCCUCUCCACAACAACAAUUGUCACCUCUCUCCUUGCCUUCGGUCUCCUUCGUAUGCGUGGAAUUCGAGGGUGGGCAGGCUGGCAGUGGCUUUUCCUGAUUGAAGGAGCCCUCACUCUUUGUAUAGGGCUCGCCUCUUUCUUCAUGAUGCCUGCCUCAGCGGCGCAAACAAAAACCUGGUUCCGACCAAAGGGAUGGUUCACAGAUCGCGAACUAAAAAUCGUCGUAAACCGAGUCUUACGCGAUGAUCCCAGCAAAGGAGAUAUGCACAACCGACAAGCCAUCACACCUAAACGUCUCUGGGAAGCCGCAAAGGACUAUGAUCUCUGGCCUCUAUACGCGAUUGGACUGAUCGCUUAUAUCCCGCAAUCACCACCAGCUACCUACAUCACGCUUACGUUGAGGAGUUUGGGAUUCAGUACUUUUGAUGCUAACCUUAUGACGAUUCCGUACUCGGUUGCUCAUAUUAUCACGCUUAUUGGGCUUACUUGGUUAAGUGAGAGACUCAAUUCGAGAGCUUUGGUGUCCAUUCUUCAACCUAUUUGGACGCUACCUUGCUUGAUCGCUUUGAGAUUUUGGAGUGGAGCACUCCAUGAUGCAUGGGGCACUUUUGCUAUCACGACCGUAUUGCUGAGUUAUCCUUAUUGUCAUGCUAUUCUGGUGGGAUGGGCCUCGAAGAACUCGAACAACGUGGGGGCGCGCGGUGUUUCAACUGCAUUUUAUAAUAUGGCGGUGCAGUUAGGAAACAUAUGUGCCAACUUUAUGUAUAUUCCCUUGCCCUUCUCUCGCUUUACGAGAAGCACAACAACUAAUAUUAUUCUAGGUACCGAGAAGAUGACAAGCCUUACUACCAUCGCGGAAAUCGGAAUCUGAUUAUCGUUAAUAUUCUGUCGUUAUGCCUGUUCGUGUUUACGAAGUUCUACUAUGUAUACAGGAACAAGCAAAAGGAUCGUGAGUGGGCUAAGAUGACUCCCGAGGAACAAUAUGCGUACAAGACAAAUACAGAACUUGAGGGAAGCAGAAGGAAGGAUUUCAGGUUUGCACAUUAGAUUUGUUUUGUUUAAUUUGGAGAGGAUAGACUGGAAUUAAAUAUAAAUAUAAUUUUUAUUAAGCUUAAGGGACAAGGGCACGCAAUGGAACAUCAGGCGGACAAGGUGAAUGCUCAAGGACUUGUAGAGUAGAC